GUGGCAUGCGGUUCGACUUCCGGGGCUCGCAUUCCGAUGGAUUGUUCCGUGGUUGCAAAACGUUGUCUGUUUUGUAUCUCUUCUACCUAGAUUUGAUGCACUGUGAUACAAUUGGGGAGAACCUUAGCGUAUACAAUUUUUUAUUUGGUCCCUCUGGAAGACGCGAGCCCUUCCAUCUUAGUUUCAUUUCUGGAGACAGCAGUCUAAUCCCCGUCUUGUUCAUUAGAAUUGCAACAUUAGUUCACAAAAAGACUAAAUUUAGCGCAUCAAAGGGAACGCUUCAUGUUGACAACAUUAACCCAAAGCCCUUCACAUGGCUAAGGGCUGGAGUUCCAUUGCCACCUCUGAAGAUUUCCAUUAUUCGCUUGUUCAUUUGCCGAAUUCUGUUUGCUGGAGUGUCACCAGAUGGUGUACGUCGAUGCCUGUAUUUGCAACGAGAGGAAAAGGGGAUACAAAGGAAACGGUGUAGGGCAUAUUACAUUGAUACAUUUAGCAGUUAGCGCCACUCAGCAAAGUAAAUGGUGCUGGACAGUUUUACAAGGUAUGAACCAUCAAAGACAUUAUAUGGAGGGAUAAAAAGGUCUAGAAAUGAACAAUUACCCACGUUUAUAUAUCAAUGCAUUAUGAUACGCCUGCAAUAUGACCUGAAUUUAGCUUUUGUGGUAGUAUCAUCAUGAGGGUUUGCUUGAAGCCAUGCAAGUUAAGUUCAGACAGCUCUGAGCACCAAUACAAAGAUUUUAGAUGAAUCUGGAUCUUGAUCACUUGGAAAGUUGAUAAAAGUAGAAAUUUUGAUGGCAAAAUUUUGUCCUGUUAUGGUGUCUAGUGACAGCUUUGCAAUUGAGGAAUAUCCCCAAUGCCAAUUCAGGAAUUUAUCUGUCAGAAAUAUAUUUGAAGGCCCAUUGAAUUUUCUUUUUAGAUAUGGGAAUGCAUACUUCUUUUUAGUUAACAGCAGACUUGCGACACUUAUUAUACUAAUAAUUGAUUCAUUUGUGUCGAAAGACUAUUAAUAGGCUCAUCAAGUACUGGGCAUUUUCCCUUCUCUUGCACAUGAUCGUUUACAGCCUUUGCUUGCAUAUUUUGGUAGUGCAAUUAUAAUUGAUAAUGUUAAACACUUCCUAUAUUUCUUUCCGAAAUGUUGCUGCAUGGCCUGCCCCUUGUUCCUUGUAUUGCAGCUGAAAGUUUUGCUUACAUCUUAAAGCCACCACAUAAAAUGUGGAACAUUUAUCCAGAAGGCAGGCUAAGUAAGGCUGAAUGAUGCUGGCCCAUUAAUGUGAUGUAAGCACAUGUGAUUAUUAUCCCGGAGGAGGUGGCUGCAUGAUACUUCUUUCCAAGUCCUUGUGCGAAUGUCAUGACAACUCUGAUGUGAAGAAUGUUUUGCUUCAUGAGAUGAUUCACGCCUAUAUUUGCAUCAAAGACAAUAACAAUAACCAUAGUGACCAUGGUGCAAAAUUCCAGAAACUGAUGAAUACAAUCAAUUCAAGCUCUGUAGCUGAUCCUCAUCGACCAGUUGAUGGCUACAGCAUAACUAUGCUCCAUGAGAUCAGAAAGAAAUAUUAUCACUACCAAUGUGAAAGCUGUGGAGAUUUGGUUAAGUCAAUCAAGAUGAGAGGACCUUCUCAUGAUGACUUCAUUGAGAGAAUAGGUGCCGAUGAUUCGUGUCGAAAUUCAAAGUGUCACUGGCAUAGGCACAAGAAACGGUGCUUGGGUAGCUAUCGUAGAGUUCAAGAAUCAUCACCUGAAAGUUUGGAAUUAAAAUGUUCAAAAGCUGAAGUAGCACUUGAUGAGGGCAAGGCUGACGAACUUGUUUGCAAAAGUUGGCACCCCACUCAUACAUCAAAUAGGAUCAGAAAAAACAAUAAAAACGAACUGGAAGAUGCCUCUGCUGGGUUCCAUCAUCGUACUGAGAAUACAAUUGGCUGUUCAGGAUUCGAUUCCUCUUCAAGAGACAAGUCUAAUAAGAAAAUCAAACUGUCAAAGGAUGUUAGCUUUGACCUUCAGACCGCAGAAACUGUUCAGGAAGCACCAAAACGUCCAAGAACAGCUGUACUACAGAACCAAGAGUGUAGCAGACGGAAGAAAAGGAAACUAAGCCAGUGGGACGGUUCCUACUCAGUAAUAAUUGAAUGGUUGAAUUACUAUUGUGUUAGUGAGUCGGAUGAAGAUGAAUUACCUUUGAUCAACAAGCGAACAGAAAGAAGGAAACAGCAAAAAAUACUUGGAAUGUCUCUAGCAAGAGAAUCCAGCAACAGUAUUAAGUGUGCUAGCUCAACUUCUCAUACGGUAAAUGGAACAAAAGAUGGUUGUGCUGGUUCUUGCUCACUAGACCCAGGGGACAAUAGCAAAUUUUUAAUUGCGCCAGCUUCUCGACCUGAAGAAAGGUCGUUGCCAAAUCAUGCUCCGGGUAGUCAUGGAGUUGCUGGAAAUCAAGCCGGCUGUGAAUCGGUGUCGUCUCCGUUGGAUUCACCAAUUAGAGGUGAAAUUGUCGACAUUUCAGAUGGUUGAGUGCAAGAGCUCCGUUAGUUUCUUUUAACUGAAACCAGGAUGACAGAUUAUCCAAUAUAAUGGUUGUAAACCUUUGUUUCAUUUGUGCACCUUGCAACUGCUAGAUAUGUGCGGACUGCUAAGUCGUCCCGUGAAGCAUCGAACAUGUGUCUUAAAUGUCUUUGUAUAUAAGUUUUGUUACUGUCCCGUAAUCUCUUUGUAUAUAAGUUUCUGUCUGUUCUUUUA